GGUUUGUAUUUAAGAAGUGUUUGACGUACAAACAUAUUGGACAGGCAUUAAUUGUUGAAGGUUUAUCACCUAUUGGCGCUCGUCGGCCACAGUGAAACACCACACGAAUAUGGAGGAGCCGAAGCCCGUGCGCUUUGACGAGGAAUCGGACGAGGAGGAGCAGAACCCUGGCGCUUUCAUGUGGAUCGAGGGCGACUCGCUGGCGCCGCCCUGCCAGAGUGAGCACGACGUCGUUUCUAAGAUAGUAGAGAUCGCGCGUGUGACCCCCGACGAUGUUCUGUUCGACUUGGGCUGUGGUGACGGCCGCAUCUGUAUUGAGGCCGCCAAGCGUUAUGGCGCACGCGCUCGUGGCGUGGAAAUCGAAGACUUCCUGAUCAAGCGCUUCCGCGAGCUGAUCGCCUCCAAUGACCUGCAGCAACUCGUGAGCGUCUCACACGGUGAUCUACUGGAGGAGGACCUCUCGGAAGCCACAGUCCUCGUCACAUACCUGCUGCCCGACGCGCUGGAUCAGCUGACGCCCAAGUUCACCAAAUUGCUGAGUCAGACCGACAAGGAUGUGCGCAUCAUCUGCAAUACGUGGGGAAUCCGCGGCCUCACUCCCGACGAGCGCUACGACACCGGACCCUACGGCAACGUCCCGCUGUUCGUGUACAGAAGUUGUGGUCGCUCUUCUGCUGACAAGGAGGAGAAGCCUAGGUAGAGAGACGCAAGAAUACAAUGGAAAGCUAAACAGACAGGAUAGCACCGUAGAAUAAUAGACUCGAGUUUAGACUGCACGGCCGCGGACUGCUCGCUUGCGUAUUUAUCUCGACGUUAACGUCCUGACUGGUCUGGCUGUCGUUUUACUGCUGCUUUUCGCCUAUACCGGGUUCUCGUAGGGGCGCUGCUGCUAUUGCGGAGCCUCUAUCGUCAUGGCUCCCAUCAAGCGCUGCCGGAUUUAUUGAGGCGGUGCACCACGAACAUGCUCGUGUCCAGAUAGGCGAGCGUCACGUUCUUAAUGCAGUCCUUCUCCUUGGACGAGAGCUCCGAGUCGGGCUUGCUGGCACUGCACUUGUCCCAGGCUAAGGCCGUGAUCUUCGAGAUAGCCUGCUGGAUCAGUGCGCGCUGCUGCUCUUCUAUAAUCAGCUGCUGCAUUUCCGCGGCGCCUGUGGAUGAACCGCCACCCAAGGAUGACGAGGGCGACGAGGACGGCGAGUCGAAGGACGACGACACCGCUGGCGCACUGUAGUCGUACGUGGGCUCUUCAUAUGUGUACGACUCCGAAGAGGAGGAGGUGGACUCCGGCUCCUUGCUCUUACCGAAUCCGAAGAAGGACAUCCUGCUGCGCGGCUCGGCUCGGGUGUUAGUGAUCUGCGAUUUUUGUGUGGAUGGUAUAUUUAUCAUGUUUGAGGAAGUAAUAUCAGUUUUAAGAG